CUUACUCCAGGAGAAAACGGAUAACGGGAUUUUAUGUGACCGGGAAAGAAAGAAAUGCGGCUUGAUUUAAAGGCAGAGACCACCCUGGCGUCCUCUCCGAAUCCUGUGUGGAAGAGUUUUUGGGAUUAAAGAGGUGUUGAGGACACAAAGUUACCCCCAGCAAAAAAAACUGAUGCUAUAUGUCCUGCUUGGGUCGCAUCAACCACUCCUCAUCUUCACGAAAAUGAAUUACUCAGUGGCAAUGCAGAUGUCAGUCACACUCAGUUAAAUGUUAGUGCUACUUGAGCAGAUAUUGCUCGGCUGGCCGAAGAGGAAAAAGAAGAAAGGGGGUGUUCAAGGUGCCAGAAGAUGUCUCUCUGGAUGAUCCUACCUGUUAGCCUCCCAGCUCUGACCAUCACUGGGAUAUGGGUUGUGUAUGCCAUGGCCCUGUACAACCAGCAUGUCUGCCCUGUGGAUAACUGGUUGUACAACCAAUCAUGUGAAGAGGAGCUGUACUUGCAGAGUGGCCCAACGUUGUGCUGCACACUAGAAAAUGUACCUCUCAUCAGUAAAUGUGGGACUCUCCCCCCUGAGAGCUGCUUCUUCAGCCUUAUCUGCAGCACUGGCUCAUUCAUGGUCAUGGCGAUCGUGCUGCUCCGCUAUGCCCACGUCAUUGAGAAGCACCAAAACUGUGUUCUCAACACUGCGAGUCUCUCCACAGGCUGGAUCUGUGCUGCUGGACUCAUCAUGGUGGGCAACUUCCAGGUGGAUAAUGCCAAAGUUCUCCACUAUGUCGGAGCGGGCAUCGCCUUCCCCACCAGUAUGCUGUUUGUGUGCCUGCAGUCGGCGCUGACUUAUCGCUUGGCAAAGACCCAGGGGGAGUACAACGUGGCCCACCUCCGGCUCUGCAUGACCCUGUUGGCCUUCGUAGCCUUGGUGCUCAGCGGUGUGUUUUUCUGUCAGGAGAGCUUUGUCCUGCAACAUGCGUCAGCCAUCUUUGAAUGGGUGUUUUGCGUCAUCAUCAUGCUGUUCUACGGGACGUUUGCCUUCGAGUUUGCCGGCAUGUCAGGAGAUACCAUGGUGGUGCUGGCCAGAGGAGGCUCCCUGGGACCUGCUAGGAGAGAACACAAGAUGGACGCACUGGGAGGUCCUAGUCCACAUCCACACCAACCUGAAAACCUGUCCAUGAUGUAGCCCGUCGGCACAUGUAGAAGCCACACAGUUGGCUUGUAUAAUCCUCUCAAACUCUGGUUGUAGAAUGAGUUUAAUUAUUCAUUUCCAGCCACACUCGUCAGAAGCUUUGAAAUGAACCAGGCCAGUGCAGCAGCUGUUCACGGCGGAGUGGAUGCUACUUUUUCAACCCCAGGGGGUGCAGAUCUGCUGCCACAGUGGAGAGCUCAGCUUGUAUUGUACUUGCAUCAAAGCUUUGCGUCUCUAAAGAACUUGUUUGCAUUUUGCACAUUGCACAAGUGUGAAACCAAAUUUUCUACCCACUUAGUCCUGCCUACAGUGACUACCUGAGGAGUAUUUUGUCAAUCAGAUCAAGAAAAUGUGCCGAUCCCCUUCACGGCUGAGAUCCUGUCUCAAUAAGUGGCCUUGGACCAUUUCUUCUUGAGAUCAUGCUUUCAUUGUAUGAGUGAGCUUGUAGUAAAGGACUGAAGGCUGCUGGACAGCCAAGCUGACAGUAUUAGAGACAAAGAAAAACAGAGAGAGAAAAGAUGUUGUAUGAGUGUUACAGUAGGAGUAAGGUCAGACCUGAGGCUUAUAUACCCACAAGAGAAUGGACGAAUGCAAUACCUUUAAAGGUUUAAAGAGAUAUUCGGUUAUAUAGGAGAGUAUACAAAUGUUUUAGACUAUCCUGGAGAUGGGACAGGGCAACAGCUACACUUUGCAAUGAUUUAAACCUGCAUCAAGCAAUAUUUUGAUAUUAACAAAGCAAAUAACUACUCCGCAGAGAUUUUAGCAGCUUUUAGCCGAUUGGUUUAGUCAUUUAGUUUGCGAUGGUAAAGAAAGUCGACCAUCUAGCCAGCUGAAGACCGAAAUAUGUUUUUUCAGGAGCAAACCCCAGCUAAAAAGAAAGUGAACAUUGGGACGAUAAUGGUGUAUAUAAGCAUAGACUCAACAGCUUAUUUUCUAUGUCACUAUGUUUUGUGGUCAAAAAUCACCUAAUACAGCUUUAAAAUAUGCACCAUCAACAACCUUAUAUUUUGACUCACUCUCAUUUCCCCCCAUGUAUAGAAGUAAACACGAUUUUUGAAUAAAGUAUGCAUUCAUGCACCCAUGGGACCCAAACAGAUUGCGCAAUUUCAUGCCUGGAUGCCUAAGUUAAUAUGCCAUAUCUUUAUUAAAACAUAAAGUAGACAUAGUGCCUCAUGAAUUCAAACCUUAUGCUGAUGAAAUGGGAAAAAAACAUCCCCUCAGUACACUAUAUUGACCUUAAACCUUAAACAGUUUUUUAUUCAACUUCCUCUCUGCCAAAGAAUAUUAAAGAGAGAUGACACAGUGUUCAGAGGCCAAAUGCGUACCAGCUAAUUCAAGCCAGAGCGCUGUGCUUAUUGAGUUUAGUGACGAGGCAUCACAUGUGUUUUCAGGUCCUAUGGACAGAGCUCUGCAUCUCAUUAUACCCCAGCAAGGAGCCGCUUAUUGCUUCACCUACUAUCUUUUUCACUGAAUCUCAGAACUGUCCAUAGUUAGAGUUUUUCAGCAUGUCUAGCUGUGUAAGCAGGACAAAGGGAAAAGGAAGCAUGUGCAAUGCAAGCAAUAAUACCUGAGAUGCACUGUCUUGUCUCCAUGUUACUGUAAAGUAUGUGCCAAAUAUCAGUUUGCCUGUGGCAUUGGUGCUAAAACACAAAUGGCCUUAUCAUGUCCUGUCUUUGUCAUGUGAGUGCAAAAAAAUACCAGAAUAGAUAUUUACAUGUACAUUCAAAAUUAAGAAUAUGCUCCCUGUUAAUCCGUACAGUAUCCGUUAAAAAUGUUAGAACACGUCCAUUUUUCUAGUUUCUAUUAAAAUGUACAUUGUUGAAUGUCUCAGUGUACUCAAACAAAUAAACAAGUGGAGUUAUGAAAAAACAAUUGUUUAGUUUCCACCUCUAGCAAAUAUAACAGCCAAACACACGUGUGUCAUCCUUUCUACAAUGGAAAGCAAAUAUUGUUUUGAAAGUUGGGGUGCUUUGAACAUUUUGACUGGUGGUGUGCACCGACUUGAUAUUUUGAUAUUAGAGGAUUGACUGUCAAUACGGUGUAGCCAGUUUAGCCUAAUGGUUGGGUAUUUAUUUCUCUUUCAGUGUCCUUCUUUUCAAAUGUUGAUUGUAUUCAUUUACUUCUUCUUACAUUCUGUGCUGUGUUGUAAUACAGAAUUGUGCCAGAAUCACUGUUUAUAUUUUUAGGAAAUCUGUAACACUUCAGUGUAAUAUUAACACACUCUGAGCUCUUUGGUCUAAAAACCGGAAUACAUGGAGAGUUUACAACAGAAAAUAUCACUCCCUCAUACCACAACUGGCCACAUGUUGAGCAGAGGUUUUUUUAAGUGCCAGUAUUUUGGGUGGUUUAGUUGCUCAACAGGCCAUUUUUUCAAACAAAGUUUCUACUCUGUUGCAGAAGGACUGAAGUGUGGCUUUUCACUCUCAGACUGAAUGUAUAAUUACACUCAACAAGACUGAACUGGAAAAGCUUGUGCAUGCCGCUCUGACAAAUGAGUUGGAAGCUUGAACCAGUCUAUUCACUGAUCCCUUACUUCUCUCUACUGGUCAAACUGAUUACUGCAUAUGAUUUUUUUUUGCUGGAAUCUAAUGUUAUAGUUCAGUAUUGUAGGUCAGCUUAUGUUCUCGACUUGAAAAAAGUUGUAUCUGCAGCUGAGUUGUCACCUACAGGUUUAGAAUCAAUUUGUUUCUGUUUUGUUUUCAAAUUUAGAUAGAUGCCCUCUACUAAGAAGGUGGAGCAACUAUAAUGACCAGUAAUGAAGAUCACUUGAACUCCAGCCUUUGCUCGAUGUAAAACUUAUCCUCUUGGACUGUACACUACUUUUACAGUAUGCAUUAUUCUAACCAAUCACAAUUCAGAUUCUUUUGAGAUGCAUUUUAAACAUUAAGCCAAAUUUUGGUGCUGCUCAUGCUGCUGAGACACAUUUCAUCAUUACACAUUUGCUGAAAGUGUUUAAUUUUAUAUAACAGGUUUAUGCAGGUUAGGAAUCUAUGCAUAACAGUCCUAAUUCAUGUUGUGCCAUCAGAACACUACAAAAAUGUUUUUAAGUAUUUGUUUUUUCUGAGAAAUUUGCCUUCAAACCUGCCUAGCCUCCUUCUCAAUUUAUCUACUCUCUACUUUGUCCUUUUUUUCUAGUUUACUGAUCUGUCUGUGAUCUUUGCACUCAGGAACAUGUUACAACAACAGCUGCAUUGUUUAAUUCAAAGCAGAAUUAACUGUUUGCUUCUGCCCUCUGUCAUCUUUGUUUCAAUGGAAUUCGUUUCAUGUCAAGGAUUCGUCGUGUAUAUUUGUUCUGUGUAGUAUAGAAACAGCUUUUUCACAGUUGUAGGAUGUAUUGAUGGGUAGCCAUGUUAGAUAGAGACAUAGAUUAUUUUUGUUAAUCAAGACUCUGUAAAGCUAAAAAAAAAACAACAUUCCUGUGUAGUUAGCUUGUGAGAAUGCUUGUGUUCCUCACACACACAUGGUUAAAUAUCUGCAAAGUGAAACAAGCUUACUCAAUCAGUCAGUGGAUCAUUGGUGAGAGCAUUCUGACAAACUAACUAGCGCCUGUAAACCUCACAGAAAUCUAUUGCGUGUACUCUCAGUUGAAAUGCAAAAUGCUCCCUAUGUGCCUUAUG